ACGCAGAGCGAAAGUGUUCUACGGAUAUGGAUAUAAAUCAUAAGCAUUAUCUAUUAACAAACGAGACUUGUCGUGGGAACUAAUACGGGAUGCUUUGGUGUUUAGCAAGAAAACAAUACGUCAAUAACACUUCACGGUCGCAGCAGUACUUCAGUUUGAACUCGGUGGUGCAUAUUAACAGCCGCUUAAUACGAAUAUAACAGCACUUUCAACUCUCAACAAAUAACGACUAUGGGAUAUUGGUUAGAGCUGUUGGAUUGGAUAUUAAGAGAUCCUGGAAAACUAAUACGCUAUUUAGUCCUUUUUGUGUGCUCAGUUAUUGUGAUUGUUCAGUUGUCGGAAUGCUUUACCAAACUGAAUAGUCCACCGAUAUCAACUCACUCAUACUUUAGUCUGAACGACACUGUAGAAAUGCCAGCUGUCACCAUAUGCCGCGAGCCACCAUACAAAGAAGAUGUACUAAAUAGUUUGUCGGGUGGUAUAUGCCCGCAUCCAAAAUAUAUAACUUGCUGGAAUAACUUCCCUUUCAACGACUUAGAACUAGAUGAUUUCUUUAUGAAUUCAACCUUUGAUUUAGAAGAAACCAUAUUAGGUGAACAAUAUGGACUUGAUGGAUUAACAAAGAAUUUAGAAAUCAAAAGCAGCUUACACUUCUACAUGGGCCGCUGUUACACUUUGAAUCCUAAAAUAGAGUUAAAACGUACAACUCGUACUUCUGGUUAUUCUCUAAUGCUUACUCAUCACAUUAUACCGGGCUCAACUAUGGAAAUGAUGUUGGAAAAAAAUCCAGGAUGGCAUGUUUAUAUACAUGAUCAUCGUCAUGAGUUUACAGAACUCAAUGUUAAAGGGGCAGCACGUUCAGAAUAUAUUUUCGCUGAAAUUGACGAAGAAAUUGAAAUAAAACUCCAAAGUCAACAAUUCAAAAAUAUUGAAUCUAAAGAAACACCUUGUUCAGCCACACUAAGUUAUAGUGACAUGAAGUGCGCAGAGUUAUGUGUUUUCGAUGACUUGGCUACAAAAAACAAUUGCACUGGUCCUUGGAUGACCGGUAUAUCGCAGCAACCAUGCGAUAACAACAAGUCAAUGCGGGCCUUAAUAAAGGAUUACGGAAUCUACUAUGAAAGUGACGACGACAUUGAAUGCGAUUGCAAACGUCCUUGUAACGCGCGUAUUUAUUCGACAUUUAUACAAAGCAGAAAACAACUUAAUUCAGGUCAGCAAUAUACCCAAGUAUGGAUUUACUAUUCCACAAAACUGGUUUCGCAGAUGGUGGAAGAACGCCCGAGUUAUGACACAACCCAAUUUAUAGCUGACAUUGGUGGCUCAUUGGGUUUUCUGCUAGGUCUCUCUGUUCUAGGAUUAAUCGGCAUUUUGGAACAUCUUACCUUAUUUUUCUGCGGAGGAUUAAUAAAAAAGCAAUUAAAACACGAGAAGCAGUUACAAGACGACGCAGAACGUCAAUCCCAAAAAAGUGAUGCAACUGAUAUAACAGAUACAACUCUUGAAAUAGCCACAAUAUCCAGAGAGAAGAAAACAUAUAUCGACGAAUAAACUCUUGCAUUACUUAUUUUCAUUUAUUAUUUUUUAUUAAGUAGUGUAAGUAGUAUUUAAUCACUUUAUACCUUUUAAUAAAUAAAGCUGUUCCUUGUAUGUGGUAUCCCGCAUUGAGUAAACUUAGCAGCACUUAAAUUCUUAUCAAAUUUACAUCCAUUUCUCCGCCUUUCUAAUAAAGCGU